AUGGCCAGAGAAGGACUGCGGACUCUGGUCGUGGCCAAGAAGUCACUUUCUGAAGAGCAGUAUCAGGAUUUUGAGAACCGGUACAACCAGGCCAAGCUGAGCGUCCACGACCGCGGGCUGAAGGUGGCGGCGGUGGUGGAGAGUCUGGAGCGGGAGAUGGAGCUGCUGUGUCUGACCGGAGUGGAGGACCAGCUGCAGACCGACGUCAGGCCCACGCUGGAACUGCUCCGCAACGCAGGCAUCAAGAUUUGGAUGUUGACCGGCGACAAACUGGAGACGGCCACGUGCAUCGCCAAGAGCUCUCACCUGGUGUCCCGCAGCCAGGACAUCCACGUCUUCAAACCCGUGUCGAACCGCGGAGAGGCCCAUCUGGAGCUCAACGCCUUCAGGAGGAAACAUGACUGCGCCCUGGUCAUCUCCGGAGACUCCUUAGAGGUGUGUCUGCGUUACUAUGAGCAUGAGUUUGUGGAGCUGGCGUGUCAGUGUCCGGCCGUGGUGUGCUGCCGCUGCUCUCCCACUCAGAAGGCUCAGAUCGUCACCCUCCUGCAGCAGCACACGGACAACAGGACCUGCGCCAUAGGUGAUGGAGGGAACGACGUGAGCAUGAUCCAAGCGGCGGACUGUGGCAUUGGAAUAGAAGGAAAGGAGGGGAAGCAGGCCUCUCUCGCCGCAGACUUCUCCAUCACUCAGUUCAAACACAUCGGGCGCCUCCUCAUGGUCCACGGCAGGAACAGCUACAAGCGCUCAGCCGCCCUGGGGCAGUUUGUGAUGCACCGUGGCAUGAUCAUCUCCACUAUGCAGGCUGUUUUCUCGUCCAUCUUCUACUUCGCCUCAGUGCCGCUGUACCAGGGCUUCCUCAUGGUCGGCUAUGCCACCAUCUACACCAUGUUCCCAGUGUUCUCGCUGGUCCUGGACCAGGAUGUCAAACCAGAGAUGGCUCUGCUUUACCCAGAGCUGUACAAGGACCUCACCAAGGGACGAUCGUUGUCGUUUAAGACCUUCCUCAUCUGGGUUCUGAUCAGUGUUUACCAAGGUGGAAUCCUCAUGUAUGGCGGCCUGGUGCUGUUUGAGUCCGAGUUCGUGCACGUGGUGGCCAUCUCCUUCACGGCGCUGGUUCUCACGGAGCUCCUGAUGGUGGCGCUCACGGUCCGGACCUGGCACUGGCUCAUGGUCCUGGCUGAGUUCCUGAGUCUGGGCUGCUACCUCGCCUCCCUCGCCUUCCUCAACGAAUACUUUGGUGAGUUCACUGGGGUUUAG